UAAAACAAUUGGUUCUUGAAGAAAAAAAAUACGCUAUGUAAACGGUGUUUUUAUUUUAACAUUCUGUACAUUUUAGAAAUAAUAACUUUUUACCAAUGCAUUCAUUACGUACAUUAUCUACAACUAAAUUUAGAAGAAUGCUGCUCAUCGGCACGAUUUGUACUGUAGUUGCAAGUGGUUUCGUGUAUCAUAAGUUACUACAAAAUCGUCCUUUGAUAGUCGAAGAAUUAUUAUGGAACGUAAAAUAUAAUUUACUAGCUAUCAAAGACAUCAUAAAUACAUGGAUAAAGGGCAAAAGAAAUAAAAAUGAUUGUUUACCCCAACCAGGAAGAGUUGCAAUUGUAACAGGAGGGUCUAGGGGGAUUGGAGUUGAAGUAGUAAAAAUGUUUUUAGAACUUGAUAUGGAAGUAAUAAUUGCUUGUAGGACACCUUCUGCAGGUGAGAACGCUAUUCUUCAAAUUAGAGAAUCUGGUGUCAAGAGUGGACAAGCAAAAGUAUAUAAACUUGAUAAUACUUCUUUAAAGUCUGUAAAGCAAUUUGCUAUGGAGAUAAAAAGAGACUAUGAACAGAUUCAUGUCUUAAUUAAUAAUGCUGGUGUCAUGUUUUGUCCUUAUGAAGAAACAAUAGAUGGCUUUGAAGAACAGUGGUCUGUAAACUAUUUAUCACAUUUUUUAUUAACAGCACUACUGUUGCCAUUAUUGAAAAUUGGUGGACAUCCUGAACGAUGUAGUAGAAUUGUUAAUGUUACUUCCUGUGCUCACCUCUUGGGGGAAGCUAAUUUCAAUGAUGUUAAUAACAAGAAAAGGUUCCUUACUAAAUUUGCAUAUGCACAAAGCAAAUUGGCACAAGAAAUAUUUACAAAAGGAUUACAGCAUCUUCUAGAAGAAAAGCAGUAUUACGUACAAGUUUAUUCUGUACAUCCUGGAAUAGUAUAUACAGAACUUUUUAUACAUUCUUUUAUUUGGAAAUUGAAAUUACUUACUCAAUAUCUUUUUAAGACUCCCAGACAAGGGGCUACUCCAAUUGUCUAUGCAGCUGUAAAUAAAGCAGUUGAGAAGUGUGGUGGUAUAUAUAUAGAUAAUUGUUAUCGCAGUGAAGGUCAUCCAGAUGCUUUGAAUUCAUCUAUACAAAAAAAAUUAUUUGAAUUAUCUCUUCAGCAAGUACAGCUAAAUAAUUUUUUUCAGUAUGUAUAGUG